AAACUAACAUCUCUUGUCGAUCUUUUGCAGGCCAUACUCUUGAACACAGAAUAAUAAUAAUAAGAAGAAGAAUCGAGAAAGACGAUGAGUGAUCAACCACAGCUAGUGAGACCAGAAACUGAUGCUGGAAAGGAAGAGAAAGGGAGAGCAAUGGAAGAGCUACCUCUGCAGAGUAGCCCUUAUGUGAAGUAUUCGGACGUGGAGGUGUACAAGCUCCAUGACUAUGAUUCUGAGGAUCACUUUCCCACCAUCAAGACCACCCGGCGUGGUGGCUCGGCCACCGGGUCACCUACCCUCAGCCGCUCUGCCUCCAAUUCUCCUUCGGCCACCCACUCUGCUGCUAAUUCCGCUUCGCUUGCCCGCUCGUUGUCAUUGAAAGUCCGGAAUCAUUCACAAAACAACAGCAGAAAUUGAGCCAUGCUUUGAUAACUUGUGUUAAGAAACAGGCUUCUGAGAACAUUGUUGUUGUUGUUAUUGUUCAUCUUGUCAUUGUUGCAGGGGAGAUGUAAAAUUUUUUAUUUUGUACUCAGGGCUAAUGUUAAUUUUAAUUUUUUUUGUA